AAUUUAAAGUCGCGCAGCGAGCUAUGGAAAGGGCUAUGCUUGGAGUCUCUCUGAAGGAUCGUAUUCGAAACGAGGUGAUCCGACAGAGAACUAAAGUUAUCGACAUAGCCCAAAGGAUUAGCAAACUGAAGUGGCAGUGGGCAGGUCACAUCUGUCGAAGAACCGAUGACCGCUGGAGUAAACGUGUUCUAGAGUGGAGACCACGUCUAGGCAAACGUAGUGUAGGGCGCCCCCCAGCUAGGUGGACUGACGACAUCCGCAGGGUGGCUGGCAGUGGUUGGAUGAGAAGAGCUGAAAAUCGAGCUCAGUGGCGUGCAAUUGGGGAGGCCUAUGUCCAGCAGUGGACGACAACAGGCUGAUGAUGAUGAUGAU